CCCAAGCAAGCUAACCAACCACGGAAAUUAUUCCAUUUUCCGAAAAACAAAACAAAAGAAAAACAAAUCGAAGCCGAGGAAGGCUCGCGAAGCGAAGGAGAGCGAUGGGGAAGGGCAAGGUGCACCCGUCGCCGUCGCUGCCGGCGGCGGCGACGCUGGCGGCGGGAGGAGGAGGAGCGGGAGGGGAGGUGACGGCGGAGGCGGUGCUGAUGCGGCUGCUCCCCGCGGCGGUGCUAGCGGCCGCGGCGCCGCUCGGGGCCGAGGGGAAGGAGGUGCUGGCGUACCUGGUGCUCGCCUCGCUGCGGUCCUCGGCGCCGCCGGCCCCGGCGGGGGCGGGGGAGGAGGCGAGGGCGCGGGGUCACCGGCCGGAGCUCGGCUGCGGGUGCUUCGGGUGCUACACGGCCUACUGGUCCCGCUGGAACGGGUCCCCGGAGGCCGACCGCGAGGCCAUCCACCGCGCCAUCGAGGCGUUCGAGGAGCACCUGGCCAAGGAGGAGAGGGAGGGGGGCGGCAAGGGCGGAGGGCGCCGCGGCCGCAAGAAGCGUGCAGCCAAGGACACGGCAGCAGCUAAGGACGCCCCCAAGGAGAAGGCCGGCAAGGGGAAGGGCAAGGGCAAGGGCAAGGAGGUCGCCGUCGACCCCCUCCCCCUCCCGCCACCGCCGCCGCCGGCGGCGGCUUCCCCUGCUCCGGAAGAGGCCCCGAAGGCGGAGGACGGCGCCGAAUACCUCACGGCGGAGGAGGAGAAGGAGCCGGAGGACGCCGCGGCCGGCGAGGAGGAGAAGCGGCGGCGCGGGUGGGGCGGCGUGCUCAACUGGAGGUCCUGGGGCCUGUGGGGGUCCCACUAGUCAGCGGGCGGCUCGCUCCCCUGUUGGUUGGUGCCCCCCUUCCUCCUCUCUGCUGCUCAGUUAGGUUCGUUCGUGCCGUAGUUCUUGGGGGGUUUUGAUCCCCCCGUUUUUCUUUUCCUUCUGGUAUUGGGUUGGGGGUUUAGCAAGCAGCUCAAAUCAGGUUGAUUAGGGAAUGUUCAAUACUACUAGUAGUACGUUCUUAGCAUGUCAAAUUAGGAUUGACACUCUCAUACGCCCAGCAGUACUUUCAUAAUAAUGAGGAUGUGUUCAUCAGCUUGGGGUGGUGGAUCAUCUGUGUUCAGUAGCAGGUUGUUGUUGGUGUACAUAUGUAUGCAGGUAACAGGUUUGUUUGUUUGUUGGAAUUGAUAGCGUGUGGUUGAUGUAAGCAUCACUGUAAAUGAAUGGUAGCAGUCAGUACUUCCUACAGUAUA